CUGAUUAAGUGUAUGCUUUGUUUCAAAUGUCACCUAAGCGAAUAUUUGCGAUAGUAUAUCAUCGAUUGGGGCUUAAAUCGAUGUUUUAGCGAUUCUAGCUGGUAUUGCUGGUUUUUUUUUAUUGACUGUUCCAUAGUAUUUUGAAUCUUUGGCUUUGCGUCAAAAUUAUUGUGGCAUCGGCUGACGGAGUUUGAGCCAAACAGUUACACAAUGUCAUUGGCCGAGACCCUGGACUAUCUGGUCGUGGGCAAUCCUGUCAGUCAGAUGAUCAUCUCGUCGGCAACCGCCUUUCUGCAGAGCAUCAGAACUCAGCAGCAGAAGAUUCCACUGGAGGACAGGGUCCUGGUGCUGCAUCCUUCGGCGCAUUACUAUGUGCGAUCGCACGGAUCGCUGUACUGCCUCGCGGGAUGUCAUUACCACUUCGUGAGGCUGGCCGGGAUUGGCGGGGCCUCGGCCAUCUUCAUGGGUGCCUACUGCAAGUACGUCCUGCGCGACUUGGACGACAUCCGGGAGCAGCUGGACUCGCAGGCAUUCGCCGAUGUGGCCAAUCGCAUCCACUUCCUGCACUCGUUCGCUUUGAUGGCCAUGCCCCUGGCCCACUAUCCCUUCCUCACCGGCACCCUAAUGAUCACGGGCACUCUCUUCUUCAGUGGCUCCAUGUACUAUCGAGCUCUGACCGGCGAAAAGCGGAUGCAACCAUAUGCCACCGUGGGAGGAUUCUGCCUGAUGGCCGCCUGGUUAACGUUGAUCUUUUGAAACGAACGAGGAAGAAGUUCUCAGGUGUAAUUCUUUUUCGGGGAUAACCAAAGCCGAUGCCGAGCUGAGUCUUGUAUCUAUAUGUCUGCCGAGUAUAGUAAAUAUAGUAAGUCUUAAAAGUGAAUUCUCGGUGGCUCUUUUCAGCUGAUGGAAGACACUUUUAAGAUACAUAUUUCUAUGAACAUAAUAAAGGAGAUCUAUUUA